UCGGCCAACCGCCCCCCGGUCCCCUCUCCCACUAUCACGUGCGAUAUCCACGGUAGGCAAUUUGCAGUGGUCGUCCACCGUCAAAAUUCGGGCACCUUGAUUGAGCCAGACCACGGACCGCACCAGAACUAAGAGGGUGGAUCCGCGGCCUUAUGGGCUGCCUGCAUGGUGGUGUUCGUUGCGUCGCUGCUGGUAGAAUACGGGCAUCCUCUACUCGCGCUGUUUCUAUGAUUCUAUGACGCGUUAGCUCUCAAAUCCACCAGUGACCACUGCUGCGUGCUCACGGACGCACUGACUGAGCAACUGAGCCCUGGGCAACGUGGGCGUAACGAGUUUCAUGCGGAGCCAGUGCUAUGUCGGGCUGCCACCGACCCCCGACGACGGCGGACCCGACGGACUACAACCCCAAGCACCGAGAAAGGGGAAGCUACCGAGCCUCCUGUGCGCAGUCGUGGUUGCCGAUUUCGAAGACCUUCGAUCGGCCUCUGCGAGAGCGGCAAGUCAGCAAGCAAACGAGUUCGGAUACGGUAGCAAGAAGUCUAACCUGCGUUCGAGCCCGCGUGCUCACUGCCCAUAUCUUGGUCCCCCAGCGAACCUCCGCACGUCUUUGAGCGGUGAAGAGGCGGCGACGAAGACGACCACUACGCUUUGCAAACACUUGGCUCGACUCGAUGGCAAGGUUUUUAGGGUGUGUGCUUGUUGAUUCGCAGGGCAGUUUAGCACACCCGGUGAGGGGGAGAGAUAGCUUGCCGGCAUUCAUUCUAUUCUACCUGUACCUGUAAUCAUCACCGUACUACUCUGAUCUGUUUACGUCACGGGUAUCCGUAUUGUUAGGAUUCUAGGAGCGUCGUAAUCGGGCAUGGGAAGGGGUUAGUGCCUAUGCGAAGGUUAGGAAAAGGGAGAGGAGGUGGACAAGAUUUGAUGAGGGCACGAUGAUGCAGUUCUAAGCCACCGAUCUGUUGAGAAAUAGGCCCAACGACCCGAGAGAGAGAGAGACACAGAGAGAGAGAGAGAGAGAGAGGAAUGGCGACAGAGGCGACAGUGGAGAUGGCAACCACAGAGACAAUGAAGACGGAGGAGGACAUACGGCGGGAGAUAGCAGAACUGGAGAGACAGCAGCGUGAAAUAACAGAAAGACUGAGAGAUCCGAGAGCAUCUCUGCGAAGAAUGGCUUCUGGAAUUGGCGCCGGGAGAGUAGGAGGUAGUGGAGGCGGGGGGGGUAUCGGGAUUGGAGGGCGUAGGGUCCUCCAACGUCCAGGGCUUCGCGGGAGUGCAAAUGACUCGGCAAUGGACUUCAACAACAACAACGACAGCGUUGACGAUCUACACACGGUUGGAAGGAAGAGGUUGUCUUCGGCAGUCGUGAGAGUGGGGGAAGAAGACCGGAGCGAGCAGGAGGGAGGUGGGCGGUCUGUAGAGGAACGGAAUGGUUCUGCGGGGGACGAGGAAGAGGAGGUAGAUGGCGCUACAGAUGGAAGCGUCGGCAAGCGAGACAGAGGAGGAGACGGGAAGCACAGGCGAGAACGGGUCGACGGUCGCAAAUUUGACGACGAAAGCGACGAGGACGAUCGAGUAGAAGAUAGCGAACGUUCGUCCAAGCGGCAAAGACGAGCAGGAAGAGCAGUUUCUGGCAAUAGAAGCAGGAAAAAGGGCCGGGGGGGCACUUCGGGCGGCGGACAGUCGGAUGAAGAACCUGCCAACAACCCUUCGUCCAACCCUAGAGCUGACGACGUGCCCGAGAGGCAGCAGCCCGCGGCGGCGGUUGACGCGUAUCGACCAAGGCGAGGAUCACAGGAAAGCAGAGGAGUGGGAGGGGGAGGCGAUGGCGAAUUCCGUAAUCCGCUUGGCCGAGUUGAGGUGCCAUCGGCGCCGCCGAGGAUGCCGCCGCCAGUCAUGAACGAGCCUCUAUCUGCUGUCAAACGACACAAGCGAAUGUUUGGAGCGUUGUUGGGUACGUUAGAGAAAUUCAAGCAGGAAGAUCAACGGUUCCAGGAAUCGGAAAGGGCAAGAAGAAGAAUGACGGCAAUCCAAAGGGCAGAAGCGAAAGCGGCGGAAGAAAGCGAGCGGCUUCGGCAGCAAGAAAGGGAACAGGCGGCGGUGAAGCGUAAGCGAGACCUGAUACUGAAAGCUCGCCUGGCGGCCAAGGUGGAGCAGAAACAGUUAGAGCUGCUGUUUCUCCAUUGGACGGCACACAGGACGAGCUUGUGUUCGUUUCUCAGAACAAGGUCCGAGCCCGCUGUGUUUUACAUGCCAGUGAAACACACGGAAGAGACGUUGAAGCUUCUGGAAGAUCAGAAAAAGGACGUGGAGGACUGGAAGAAGACGAGGAGGGCUGAGUUGGAUGAGUAUCAAAGCCGUCUUGCGGACGAGGCUGUGGCGAUGGUGGAGGAAAGAGAGGGACUGAGGGAGAGACGUGGAGGAAGCGCGGGACGAGCGGAGAAUGAUGCCGACGAAGAGCGGUCCGCGGAGAUCCUGGGCGGGGCGAGGAGUCUUAGCGACGGGUUCGAAAAUGAUGAUCCCCCGAGUGUUCCGACGUCUAAGGCGAGAAGGCAUACGGGAGUCGGCGUCGGCGGCGAGGUAGAGGGUGGUGAAGAAGGCGAGGUAGUUAAGGAAGAUGAGAGUGGUUCGGGUAUGGCAAGUGACGCGCAGCGCCGGAUGUUGAAGGAGAACGGUAAAGCCGCCGCCGCCAUCGCGGGCGGCGACGAAAGCGCUCAGAAGGGGUCGGGGGACGGAGAGGGAUCAUGGGAGAGGAAGAGGAGGGCGGUUGCGGAGGCCGUGUCAAAGCCGCCGGAGUCUGCUGGCAGCAGCGAUGAUGAUAUGGACGACGUAGGUUUAACUGGUGUAGGAGAGGAGCCGACCGAGCUCGAUAGGAUGUUAGCGGGAGGAGAAUGAACAGUGCUUCACUCUCCCUCCCUCUCCCCUUCGUCUCUGGGCACAGGGAUGGGCUUUCGGGAUCAUUCAUCCACGCAUGCCGUCGUCCCCUCAAACCUCGACGGGCACAUAGCUCAUGAUCGCAGCCCUAAUGCUGCGGUAUAGUGGGCUUGAGCGUCGGUGUCAAGGUGUCAGAUUGUCGGUGGCGGGCGACCAGCGUACAGGUGGGUUUUUUAGGGGCGAAAGUUAUAUGGGCUGACCGAUAGCUGUGUCUUCUAGAACUGGUGCUUUUGGAGAAGAUGGACUACCGGUCGUUUGUUUGAAAUGGACCCCCGAAGGAAGUUGGGGGCGGUGAUCCAAAGAAGAGGUGUGGAAGCGGAGGCGUUGUCGCGCGAAUCCCAUCCCACGCGCGGAUCGCUCUCUCUCUCUCUCUCUCUGUUACACGCUCUCCUGACUUCGCGGGUUCUGUCGGGUGGGAGGGAUCGGAGACUGAGAGAGAGAGAUUGCUGACUGCAUAGAUGAAGAUCGAACGGUAGAGAGAGAGAGAGAGAGACGUUCUGGCUUCGAGCUGACUGUUGGCUAUCGAGUUGUGCGUCAUAUCCCCUAAAACUUGAGAUGCCCAUUCCAACAACUCUCUCUUGGCUACAACUCUCCCCAUUCCACCCUGCUGCGGUCCCGAUCUCCUAAACAAGUUAUCAAACCUGCAAUUUUGCAAGAACAACUCUCCCUCUCUCUCUCUCUCUCAGCUUGUGUGUAUAUGUGCAUAUGUGUGCGUGUAUGCACGUGCGGUUAUUAGUCUACUGUAUCUCUCGGUAAUGCAGGCGCGGAUCUCUCUCUACUCUUGGGUGUGUGUGUGUGUUGUCAUGUUCGCUAUACACAACUCCACAACAAAAGUAUGUCUGUGCC